AUGGCUCCAAUCCUCUUGUUUACUCUGGUGUUUGCUACCCAACUGAUGGCUGGAUUGAGUUCACCGCCGCCACCAUUACCACCUCCGUCGUACGGAAACCGAACAUCCAUUCUGAGCAUAGACGGUGGUGGUAUCCGGGGCAUUAUUCCAGCAACUGUUCUUGAAUACUUAGAAAACGCUCUUAAGAAAAAGGACCCAGACACAUCAUUAGCACAUUAUUUUGAUGUGAUGUCAGGAACAAGCACUGGUGGACUCAUGGCUACCAUGUUAGCAGCCCCAAACCCAUCUGACUCCAAUCAUCCUCUCUUUACUUCUUCGCAAAUCGUACGAUUCUACAAGACGUAUGGCCCUAAAAUAUUUGAACCAAGAUUCUUUCCAUCAUGUCCCAAGUAUAAUGGGAAGUUCCUACCUUAUUUGAUUGAUUCGAUACUGAAAGAAACACGACUGAACCAAACAUUGACAAACAUAGUAAUACCAACUUUCGACCAGAGGAGAGUCAUGCCUGUUAUAUUCUCGAACUUUAAGCUGAAAACAGAAACUUAUCUGAAUGCGAAACUCUCAGAUAUAUGCCUCGGAACUUCGGCUGCACCAACUUAUCUGCCAUCCCACAAAUUUAAGAAUGAGGGUGUUUACUUUAAUUUGGUCGAUGGUGCUAUGGCUGCUAAUAACCCAGCAGUGGUUGCUGUGAGCGAAGUGAUACAACACAGUGAGAGAAAGGACAUGAUAAUGCUAUCGUUAGGAACUGGAAUUGUAAAACCACCUCUUCAGAUGGUAAGGGGGUUCUUUGAAGAAGCGUGUGAACUUUAUUGGACAAUCACUCACAGUGGAGUUAUCAGUGAGGCUUUGUUUAGUACAGACAUCACCCAUUAUUACCUUGCCACUGUCUUCCCUGGCCUCUUGCCUCCUGAAAACUACCUUCGCAUUCAGGAGUAUAGCCUGAAUCCAUCCUUGGAACCAUUGGAUAAUGCUGAUGAAAAGAACAUGAAUAAACUUGAAAAGGUAGGAGAUGGUCUGUUGCAACAAAAGGUUAAGAGGAUGAAUGUGAAUACUUUUGUCCCAGUUGAACUAGACCAUACAAAUGCUCAAGCUCUUGACAGCUUUGCUGAGAAAUUAUAUGAAGAGAGGCAGUUACGUCUGAAGAGGAAAUCUAUAGCAAAGGGAAGAAGACCAUCUAUUGAAAAUGUCAAAGUCCCUUCUGGGGAAAUCAGAGUCAUUUGA